UGAAAUUAAUAUACAUACUUUGCAGAUCAAUAGCGAUAGAAUGUCUUUUAACGACCCGCGAUAUGGUCAAUGCCAAGGCUAUCUGUGACUUUCAGAAACUUCAGAUCUGGUGUCUUACAUAUACCCACCUGUAGAAUAGUUAGUCGAUUCAGAAUAUAUAUUAUUGAGAAAUGCAUAAGCACACGUUUGCAAGCAUUUGAAAAGCAAAGGUUAAAGGUGUUUCUCUCUUCUCUGUCUUGUUACUCUUUCGACAUUGUAUAGACAGAAAAACAAGAAUGUAUAUAUAUAAUGCGAGAGAAUAUAUUAACUUUAAAAAAAUACCUACAACGCGCAAUCAGAAUAAUUUGAUCUCGUCGAAUUGUGACAACAUAACAACGAUCUUAUUUUUUUAAUCAAUAAACUAUUCCAAUAUGAAUUUAACAUUUAUAAUUAUUUAAAUGUACUCUUAAUAUGUAGAUAGAAAGACAAAAUGUAAUGCGAACUACAUGCAAUAUACGUAGAUAUACACUCCCGUUAAAAGAUUGACAAUCAUCAUUCAUGUACUAAGUAACCCGUUAAUCUGAAAAAAACAUGACUGCUAUAGGCAACGUGCAAGCCUUGCAGACUCUCACAGUUUACACUAGCGAUGUAAAUAGCGUCGAUUUCGCUGGUGAUUGCGUGCUGAUAACGGGAUCCGGGGACAAACGCGUUCGAGUUUGGGAAUGGCAGCCCGGCACUGGCUAUGUGGAAGCUUAUUUUUCACCCCUGAUGGGGCACAAGUACGGUGUGACUUCUGUCAAAGCCAGCCCCCAAUCCACUAUGUUAGCCACUUCUAGCAUAGACGGUACCACGCUGCUUUGGAACCUGCGUACGGGAGCAAAGAUAUACACCAUGGUGCAAAUAGGCGGCGAAGCGGUGAGAGUUUGCAGAUUUUCACCAGAUUCGACGUUACUUGCGACUGCUGGAGAUAAUGGACAAGUCUGUAUCUGGGAUCUGGUUCAUCGCAAUUUAAUCAGAUGCUUUCAAAAACAUGAGGGUGCCGUGCAAAGCGUAUCCUUCUCGCCAGAUUCCAGUUGGCUGAUUACCUCGUGUACAUUAGGUGUCCUAAAGCUGUUUUCCACUGCCGAGUUGAUUGACACUUGUACAUCUAGCAAUGAGGAUGUCGCCGAACUUGUCUCAAUUGACGAUGCUCACGACAUGGGAGUAGUUUCUUGCGACUUCUCUACUUUUCAAGAAGUCACAUGUAACGAGCCGUACACUAAGCUUUAUCAACUGGUCUCAUGCGGCAAUGAUCACGAUGUGAAAUUGUGGGAAAUCAUCGUUAGCCAGAAUAAAUGCGAGGCCCAACCUUCUACUGCCAUUAUACAGCUUUGCAGAGUGAUGGAAAAGCACAGCAGUGCCUUAACUUGCGUCCGAUUCAGCAAUAACGGAUUAUACAUUGCUAGCUGUGGCCUCGAUAAAACGGCAGUAAUUUGGGAGACAAGCACAGGAAAAGUAAUGACGAUACUCUCCGGUCAUAACAGAUACAUCGCUUGCUGCGCUUUUUCGCGCGAUGGAAGUUUAUUAGCUACAGGCUCUAAUGAUAAAUCGGUAAUCGUCUGGGACUCGACAGGGAAUUUAACUAUUGAUUCGGAACUUUCAAGAAACGUUGGAACGAAGUGGUUCAUGAAUGAUCCUGAAAAAAAUACUCUGCAUGAACAGGAUGUGAUGAAAAAUGCCGAAACGUAUGCUAAUGAACUGCGAUUGAUUCAAAGACUGGAGGAGCAUAAUGGAGCGGUGAACAGCGUUGCCUUUUAUGGAAAUAAUCUUUUAGCCUCAGCAUCUAGCGACAAAUUGGUGCGUAUGUGGAGUGUGGAAACUGUUGAGGAAGAUGGAGAAGAAGUAAUUAAAAUACAAGAGAAGCCUUUUAGUCCACUCGAUGGUCAUACUUAUAGCGUCAAUUACGUGGAAUUUAGUCCAUGUGGUUCCAUGCUUGCCUCUUGUUCUCUAGAUGGGACGACUGUAAUUUGGAAUACAGAAAAUGGAAGCCAAGCAAGAUCCUCGUUUGUCAAUUCCGGGACAGGUAUCCGUGUAUGCCGAUGGUCACCUGAUGGUACAAAAAUUGCCACUGCUGGUGAUGACGAGAAAACAACAUUAUGGGACGUGGAGACUAUGGAUCAGUUACAAGAAUAUUAUAGUGUUUUCGAGGGUCACGCCGACGCGAUAUCGGCCAUCGCAUUUACGUAUGAUUCCCGUUAUCUGGUGACCGCGUGCAACGAAGGUACUUGGCGUCUUUUCGAUACUCUGGAUGAGAAGAACGGUUCCGAAGCAUUGAUGGUUUGCGAUGCAAGUCAUGAUCUAGGUGUCCAAGAAUGCGAUUUUAGUCCCACUACUUCAGGUUCCGCCAUAUGCACAAGAGACACAGAUAUGAACCUCAAUGAGCAAAUAUAUUUACUGGCAACGUGUGGUAACGAUUCAUUGGUUAAAUUAUGGCAUAUAAUCAUAUCGAACGGGUCAUCAUCUAAUCCAGAUAGUAUUGGCUCAAGCAAUAUCGGAAUGCGUUACAAGGAAAAAAAAUCUUUAACCGGACAUGGUGGAAAUGUAAUGUGUGUCCGUUUUUCGCCUAUUCACGGAGAAGUCUUAGGUAGCGUCGCAACAGAUAGAACAUCUCGCAUAUGGAGUGUAUUUUCCGGAAGCUGUCUAUAUGUCCUGGAAGAUCAUGACAGUCUUGUCACAUCCUGCGCAUUCUCUGAGGAUACGUCAUUCUUUGCUACAGGUGCGUUGGAUAAAACUGUUUUGGUUUGGAAGAUGCCUCAACAAUUAGUGUCACAAAGUAAUUUAAUGGACAGUUUGAGGAAUAAAAAAAAGAGGGUUGCAGAUUGGAAAGUGCACGAUACUUUGAAAUGGUUAAAUGAUAUUGAAUUAUCCAGACUUUCUAAGAAAAUACUUCCUCUAGGAUUGACUGGACGACAUUUGUUGUCUAUGUCAGAGAACGAGCUCAUAUCUCGAUUGCAAAUAGAAGAUGACGAAGAGGCGGUCGAGACACUAAAAAAGCAAUUAUAUUGGCUUAAGCGUGAAGAUUGCAAUGUUAUGGAAAGUAUAGAUGAAUCUGAGAUUCCUCAUGAGUUCUUAUGUCCUAUAACGCACGAGAUAAUGAAAGAACCUGUGCAAUGUUCAGAUGGAUUUACUUAUGAGAGAGCAGCUAUAAACGAAUGGUUUCUAUGCGGAAAAUACACUAGUCCAAUGACGAACGAACCAUUGCACGACACUUCCUUUACUCCGAACUUUGCUCUCAGAAAUGCUAUAUUCACUUUACUACAUGGUGAAGGACCACAAUAAUAAUCGCACUUAUGAGAAAAAAAAAAGGAAAAUAUUACGCGUGCACAUGUCGGCAAUUUAUUAUACACGAUAAGCAAUUUUAUUCUGUGGUAAACUAUUAUUAUAGCUAUUCGGCGGUUUUAACGCAAUAACAUUCACUUUCCUUACAAGAAUCGGAAAGAAUUUGAACUUUGCAAUUGGCAUCUGCGGACCAAUUUAUAUAAAAAUAUGGAAGAUUUUGUGGUGAUUACAUAUAAUUAAAAAUUACCAUUGCAGGAUACUUAAGGAAUACAAAAAUUAUAAUCCCUGAAUUUUACCCUGAAAAUCUUGUAUUCGCGAAAUGUAAUAUUUAAUUUGAGAUGUUUUGAAAUUGUGGAAUCAUUGAAGAAAAUAUAAGAAUACAUUUUGUGCUAAUAAGUAAUGAACGUUAGUAACUUUAUCUAAAGGCAAUAUGAUAUAUAUAUAUAUAUAUAUAUAUAUAUAUAUAUAUAUAUAUAU